AUGAUGGAUAUUUUGUAUAUCGGUGAUGAACCGAUCUUCGACGAUCGUAUUGUGAAAAUUGAAACUCACACGUACAAUCCGUACGCUAGUGCCACAUUCGGUUACAGUGACGAAAUACGAAUACCUAUACAACAACAAGAUUUAUAUACAUUACCGUGUGAAAGUUUUCUCUACAUCGAGGAACAUAUUGUUGAAGAUAUCGACGCAGACAGGGAUGAACAGCAAUGGAGAUGCGAAUUAGUUAAUAAUUGCGUUGCGUUUAUGUUCGACGAAAUUAGAUACGAACUCGAUGGCGUGGAAAUUGAUAGAAACAGAAAUGUCGGAAUAACCAGCACGAUAAAAAGUUACGCAUCAAUGACAACCGAAAGGAGCAAAAGAUUGAAGAAUGCCGGAUGGAAUGUUCAUUCAAUCAACAAUGCGAUACGUCUAACCGAUAAUUUGCGCAAUUUCAAUUUCUGUGUACCUCUGAAUAUGUUUUUAGGUUUUUGCGAAGAUUACAAACGUAUAAUGAUAAACGCACAUCAUGAAUUAGUUUUGAUAUGUGCCCGCAACGAUGUUGAUAGUAUUAUUGCUCAAUCAACGUCUAAAAAUCCUAAACUUACAUUAUUAAAAGUACAAUGGCGCAUGCCGCAUGUGGUAUUGAACGAUCUGAACAAAUUAUCACUUUUGCACACUUUGGAAAGCGGUCGGUAUUUAAGUAUGACCUUCCGCUCAUGGGAUCUGUAUGAAUUUCCUUUGUUGCAAACUUCAACGAAACAUUCAUGGGCGGUGAAAGCGGCGGGGCAAUUGGAAAAACCGCGAUACGUGAUUUUCGUCCUUCAAACAGGCCGAAGAGGCGUCCCGACGGCGGAUGUUUCCAAAUUCGACGAUUACAAAUUAAGUAAUGUAAAAUUAUAUUUGAAUUCUGAAUUUUAUCCAUAUGACGAUAUGAAUUUAGAUUUUGAAAAUAACAGAUUCGCCCUGUUGCACGAUAUGUAUGCAAAAUUUCGCAAAACCUAUUACGGACGUGAAAUUGCGGAUGUGUAUUUACCCAUUGAUAAGUUUUUACAAUUGAGCCCCAUCACAGUGAUCGAUUGUUCUCGUCAAAACGAAUCGAUAAAAAGCGGCACUGUGGAUGUGCGUUUAGAAUUCGAGUGUAAACGCGACGUUCCGGCCAAAAUCACAGCCUUCUGCCUCAUUAUUCACGAUCGUGUGGUCGAGUAUAAUCCUCUGACUAAUGUAGUUCGGAAAAUUGAAUAA